AAGUUAAUCUGUAGCUCCUCUGGCGGGAGCUUUGCACUAAAAAGUAAAAACAGUUACUAAGCAGGAGGCGAUAAUCGUAACCGUGGAUACGAUAGGAGCAAGCUAAUAAACACAAGAAAGACCUUAAUAGUCAUCUAAUAUGAAAACAGCUAUUGACAAGAUUUUGUCCUUAUCUGAUGGAGAUGGUAUAAAGGAGCUCCAGCAUCACCUCACUUCUCUGUCUCAUGAUCAGUUGACUGCACUGAUCACUAAUGCUGCACUGAAAGGAAAGGUUACAGCCGCCUUGAUCAAAGCUAUAUUCAGAGGCUCACCAGUGAGUAGUUCAGAUGGAGCUAGUCGCAGGUUGUGUGUUUAUAAACACUGUAUUUCUCUCUGUGAAUCGGGAGACCUGCAGACAGAAGUGGCUUCAGAUAUUAUCGGGUUGCUAAUGUUAGAGACCUAUGCUCUACCUGGCCCUGCAUUGGCAGCAUUAGCAUCUUUAUAUGUGGAUGCAAUAAAAGGGGGUGAAAUGGGUAGUGGUAAAUCACUGGAGCUCUUCCCUACUAUCCUCACAGCCUUGGCAGCUACAGAGACUUUAGCCUAUGGCAAAGGAGAGUUAAAUGGAGAGGAAUAUACAAAGCAACUGAUCAAUAGCCUUUGUUCAAGCAGGUGGAACCCACAGAGUGUGAUUCACCUUACCACCAUGUUCAGGGAUGUUCCCUUAUCUCCAGAGGAGCUGCAGUUUCUGAUUGAGAAGGUCCUGAGGAUGUUUCAUAAGUUGGACCUGCAAGAGAUUCCUCCUCUAAUUUACCAGCUGCUGCUUCUGUCUUCCAAGGGCUGUAAAAAACAUUUGCUGGAGGGAAUAAUUAACUACUUUCGAGAGCAGGACCUUUGCCAGAAAGAGGAGCAGAGCAAAGGAGAGAAUAAGGAGGUUGAGGUGCAGACCAUCCCACAGGACCAGCUGAGACAUGUGGAAGGAACUGCUAUUUUGCACAUUGUAUUUGCUGUUCGCCUUGACCAUGAGCUUGGCAGGGAGCUCUUAAAAAGCCUUAAGGUAUCUCAGGGUCAGCCAUUGUGUCCUUUCAGCAUUGCUCUGCUGCUUUCUGUGGCUCGCAUUCAGCGCUAUGAAGAGCAAGUGUUUGAGUUAUUGAAAGGUGUAAUCAUUAAGAAUUUCAAGGAUGAGCAAGCUCAACACGGUUCUAAGUUUCUGCAGGACCUUCUACCCUCUUGCCACAGUAUCUCUGACAUGAUUAUGGACACGGUCAGAAACAGUGUGUUUGGCUGGGAUCAUGUCACACAGAGCCUUGUGCAGUUAGGUUUCAUCCUUAUGGAUUUGUUUGGACCAAAGGCAGGACCUUUUGGGAAGACCAUUGAAAUUCCCACUGCUACAGCUAAAACACCUUCCCAAUUAGCAUGUAAACUUGGUGGGCAAGUUCUUCUAGAGUGCUUCAAGAUGCAUGAACCAAUCAGGGGAGAAAUCCUGGAGCAAGUCCUGAAUCGAUUAGUUACUAAGACAGCUUCACCAGUUACACAUUUUAUUGACCUGCUUUCCAAUAUUGUGAUAUCUGCUCCCAUGAUCCUCCUGGAGUCCUCCUCAAAAGUGAUAGAGACUUUUGACCAGUUAUCUUUCCUGCCUCUUACCACAGUGCAGGGACUACUCAAAGCAGUGCAGCCACUGCUCAAGGUCAGUAUGAGCUUAAAGGAUGCCCUAAUUUUGGUGCUAAGGAAAGCUAUGUUCUCCAGCCAAUUGGAUGGACGAAAAUCUGCUGUGGCUGGCUUUCUCUUGCUGCUGAAAAACUUCCGGGUCUUGGGAAGUCUGGCUCCCAGUCAAUCUAGCCAGGCACUGACCUCUAGCCAGAUGUCGAUCUCCUUCAUGGUGGCUACUGAACAUACAAGUGCUUCUCCAGCGAUCAUUGUUAGACAGAAUUUCCUGAGUGUCCAGGCAGAUAUCCAUUCACGCUAUAAUGCUGCUGCUAAUGAGGCUUUCUGUCUGGAGAUCCUGAGCAGCCUCCGUCGCUGUCUCAGCCAGCAGGCAGAUGUUCGUCUCAUGCUUUAUGAGGGGUUCCAUGAUGUUCUCCGGCGCAACUCUCAGUUGGCAGGAUCCAUCAUGCAGACACUUCUGUCACAGCUGAGGCGAUACUAUGAGCCUGAGCAGGACCUUUUGCCACCUGUGAAGUUGGAGUCAUGCAUAAGUGCGCAAGGGGAUCAGGUCUUCCUCCAGGAGCCCCUGGCUCACUUGCUCUCCUGUACCGUCCACUGCCUGCUGUGGUAUAAGAGUGUGAGAGAUCCCUCCAGAGAUGAGAGUGAUGAUGAAGGGGAAGAUGAAGAAGGGUUCCAGGAUGAACUCCAUGUAAUUCUGGAGAGCAUAACUAGACGCAUGAUCAAAUGCGAGCUAGAGGACUUUGAGCUGGAUAAGUCUGCCGAGUUCUCCAUGGCAUCCAGUGUUGGGGUGAAGAACAAUGUCUAUGCCGUGUUGGUGAUGGGAGUGUAUGAGGUUCUCAUAGAAUACAACUUCAUCACAGGCAACUACAGCAAAAGCUGUUUUCAGAAUGUCCUGGAGCUUUUUAAUCGUUUCUACAAACUGGCUGAGAUCCUAAGGGAGAAGUCAGGAAAAGGCCGGACACCCUCUAGUAAAACUCCCCGCAGUCUGCUAUCUUUGGGAUUUGUAUCAACCCUACUGACUGCUGUCUUCCGAGACAGUAUUCAGAGUCAUGAGGAGAGCUUGUCAGUGCUGCGCUCCAGUGGAGAGUUUCUUCGCUACAGUGUAAGUGUAGCCCUGCAGAAGGUUCAACAGCUGGAGGAGACGGGCUACACGGAUGGACCUGAUGGCCAGAACUCUGACAAGACUUUCCGCCAUCUCUGUGAAAUCACUAGUGUGCUGAUGUGGCGAUAUACCAACAUCCCAUCAUCUGUGGAGGAUGCUGGGAAGAAGGACAAGAGUUACAGUGUGUCUCUGCUGUGUCUGGAGGGGUUACUGCGCAUCUUUAGCACCAUGCAACAACAGUACUCCACCAAAGUGUCCAGCUUCCUAUGUUCUAUUGAUGUUUGCAGACAGGAGGAGGAGGAGGGUGCACCUGAAAAUUCCAACUUGACAGAAAGGACUGCCUUUUACAUUCGGCAAUUUCAGCGUGCACUGUUUGGACAACUGAGUGGAGGAGAAGAGGACUUCAGCAGCAAAGAGGCCCAGCUGCUGGUCAGCAUCCUCAGUGUGCUGUCCCGCCUGCUAGAGCCCAACUCCCAACAGUUUCUCCAGAUGGUUACCUGGACACUAAAGAUAUGCAAAGAAACCAGCUUUGAGGACAUAUCCUUCAGUAAGGGUCUACUGUCUCUGCUCUUCAGUCUGCAUGUCCUUUAUAAAAGUCCUGUGUCUCUGCUGUGGGAGCUCUGUCAGGACAUUCACAGUCAGCUAGGGGACAUAGACCAGGAUGUGGAAGUGGAGAAGCAGUCUCACUUUGCCAUUGUAAGCAUGAAGACAGCAGCGUCCACCACACUUUUAGUGUUGUCUCAGGUGGGAAGGGUAUUGGAUGAGGUAGACUGGUUGAUUGCCAAGAAAAAAGGCCAGCUAACAUCUGAAAGAACAACAGGAGGCACUUCACAGUCAUUAGCGCAGCAGGAUCCUGUGGAAAAAGCAGUGACUCUGCAAUUAGGCACACUGCUGACAGCCCUGAACGAGCUUGUUCAAACAGCUCUGCCUUCUGGUGCCUGCACAGAUGCCCUGCUGCGAGAGCUCAGCCGAACCUACGCCAUUCUCACCACCCUCAUCAAAUACUAUAUCCAGUUGUGUGGAGCUCAUCCAGGUCAACUGCCUGCUCGUCUGGAGAAAUUGGUGAAGCUGUCAGGUUCUCACCUCACCCCUCAGUGUUAUUCAUUCAUCACAUAUGUACAAAGUGGUGAGUUAAAUGGAGGAGUAAAUGAGAAGAAGAAGAAGAAAAGAAAAGAGGAGGACGCAGUUGUGGCUGCCUCUGCUAAGGUUCUUCGUGAUACCAAACCUAUACCCACUCUGAUCUUCAAUGUUGAACAAUAUGAGAAGUUUCUAAUUGUUCUCUCUAAGAAGUCAAAGGUAAAUCUGAUGGAGUAUAUGAAGCUGAGCACUUCUCGUGACUUUCGGAUCAAUACUGCCACUCUGGAAGCUGCACUACAAGACCAGCAGCAUGAGAGCCAGCAGACUGACUCUCAAGCUUCUGUGGAGAAUCAAGCUCCCAAGAAGAAGAGAAGAAAACAGUGAACAAAGAGAUAUUUUCACUUUGGAUUUUCCUGUAGAUCCUCAGUCACCACAUUGUGCAUGUUUAGCAGUUGGACUUUUCCAGUGUUUUCUCUUUCUUUAUACUGGAGAGAUGUAUUAUACUAUUUUCCUUUGGCCAAAGACCCUUUAGUAACCUCAAUGAUCUGAUAGACGUCCAAGGCCUCACCUGUUUUCAAAAAAAGAGUGCAUAUUUAAUUUUUUAAAUACAUUUACAAUGUUAAUUCUUAAUUCCAGAGACCUGGAAUCUACAAACACGGUUUUCUAUAAAUAAAUAAAUAAUUUUAAAAAGUUCAAA